CAUCCUGUCGAGUUUCCCCAUGCUCUCUGGAUGACCGCGCCCAGCACUGCUAUAGGAGCGAUAUACACACACUCACAGGCGCAAAUUAACCGCUGGCACCUCGCGAAAGUGUCAGGCGCGACGGUAGUAGUUUUGGCCGAGUGCUGUCGCUCUAGACUGAUCGACAAGAAGUAGCUGCGUUACAUCAUCAUUUCACUUGUGUCAGAUAAACGGGUCGCGAGCGCAGCAGCAGCAAGCUUGCACGCGAAGAAGCUUGUGGGCACGCACGUCGCUGCGCGACGAACGGCAUACUCUUGGUUGAUAGGCAGAGAGAAGGAGCAGAAUGCACAGCACUGCGGUGUCACUCGCUCGUGGGGCCGCGACGGCAAGCAGUGCGAGCGGUCGUCCCGGUGGUGCUCGGAGCGGCCAGCAGAGCCGGCAUCAGAAGCGGCGUGAGCUUGCUCGCGUGAAUGCAGCCGCGGGGAAGGACCGCGCGGCAGCCGACGCGCGUGUCGAGGAAUUGCAAACUUCAACUGGCAAGAAGGUGUUCGCCGUUUCGGCGCUGGCGUCCCUGCUAGUGUCGUCGGCGACCCCAUCGUUUGCUUCAGCCUCCACUGACCUGGCUGUGGCGUCAGCUGUGGCUGCGAAGUCGCAGGAGUCUGUCGCCAGUGGGUCAGGCACCAGCGCAGUGCGUGUUGCGUCGGCGCCUCCCGUGUCGUCCCUGCCGCCGGCUGAUGACCGGCAGCUGGUUGAGGACCUGCUGCGGCAGCUGGUGUCCAACGAGCGACUCAUCGCCCGACUGGUCCGCUCCGACGCCUUCCUGGACCGCAUGGCCGCUGACCAGGCGCUCAUGGCGGAGCUGGGCCGGCGGCACGGGUUGCUGGCCAAGCUGGCCACCCAUGGCGAGGCCGCGGUGGUGGCGGUGGCUGACGCCGCGCGCGAGCUGGCGCAGGAGGCCGUAGAGGAGGAGCGGUCGGGUCUGUCUGCCGCCAAGGCCGCCAUAGCCUCCAACCUGCAGGUCGUGCUGGCGGCGGCGCCCGCCGCGCCGGAGGUUGCGGAUGCCAUGGCGGUGGCUGGAAAGGACAAGGCGAUGCCGGAGCCGGUGGCGGUGGUGGCGGUGGCCUUGGAGAAGAAGGCGGAGGAGAAGAAGGCGGAAGUCAAGGCGUCGGAGGUGGCGCAGCUGGCGGCGGCGCUGGGGCAGGAGGCGCUGGCGGCGGCGGAGGCGGCGGAGAGCGAGCAGGAGCAGGUGGCAGCGGCGCUGACGAAUGUGCCGCAAGCGCUGCUGGUGGCGGCAGAGCUGUUGGAGGACUGCCAGGAGCUGCUGGCAGCCAUGGAGGCUGCGCCCGCCGUGGCGUCGGCGGCUGAGCCGAGCAGCUCGGUCACCGCAGUGGUGGAGGCGGCGGCUGCGGCUGUGGCGGAGGCAGAGGCCCCUGCCCGGGCUGCUGCAACGCUCAUUGCGGAGGUGGCGGUUGCGCCCGCCGCCGCGGAGCCCAGCAAGCCCGUCACCGCUCCCGAUGAGCUGGCGGAGCUGGCUGCGGCGCCCGCUGAGGAGGACGAGGGGCCUCUGCCGCUGGACGCGACCUCCUCCGCAGCCGCGCCCAAGCCGGCGGCGGCGGCGCCCGCGGCGCCCGCCGCGCCCUCCAUGAUGUCGGUUGUGAACACGUCUGCGGCUGCUGAGGGCGCGGUGCGUGACGCUGAGAAGCUUAUGGUGGCGGCCAUUGAGGCCGCGCCCGAGCCGCGCGCUGCCGCCGGCCUGCAGCAGGCCCUAGCGGCCGUGUACGCGCUGGCGGAGGCGCAGGAGGCAGAGCCCGCCAAGGCGGCGCCGGCGCCGGCGCCGUCGGCGGCGGCCGUGGCGGCGGCCAAGCCGGCGUCCGCUGUGGCGGUGACGGCGCAGACCUCGCCGGCGACGGUUGCGGAGCUGGCAGAGGUGGCUGCGGCGGCACCGGCAACGGUGGCGGUGGCCCAGCAGGCGGUCGAGGACAUGAUGGCAGCGAUGGAGGAUCUGGCGACGGCGGCGGCAGAGGCUGCCGAGGCGGCGGAGGCUGUGGCGGAGGCGGCGGUGGCGGCGGCUGACGCCAAGGCGGCAGAUGCGCCGUUCGCGGGCGCGGGCAAGGUGGCUGCGGCUGCGGAGGCGGCGGCCGUUGUUGCCAAGGCUGCUGAGCUGGACAGUGUUGCUGUUGCCGACAUUGCUGUGGCCGUGUCUGACAUGGCGGCGGCGGUGGCGGAGAUUGCGGACGCUACGGCGGCGGCUGUGCCGGCAGCGGCAGCGGCGAUGGAGUUUGCGGAGGAGGUCACGCCGGGUGACGCCGUGCUCGUGGCGGCGGAGGAGGAGCUGCCGACUACCGCGGACGCCAGCAAGCUGGUGGCUGUAGCAGACGUGGUGGAGCAGCUCGCGACGGCUGUUGCGGACCGCGCCGAGGCGGCGGCCGACGGCGCCACGCGCGCCGCCGACGCGGCUGAGGCGGCGGAGGCCGCCGCCAGCAGCGGCAGCGGCGUCAGCAUGGCGGCAACCAAGCAGGCUUUGGCGGUGGCUGCGGCGGCGGCGCAGGAGGCGGCUUCGGCGCCCAGCGUGGAGAUGGUGGUGUUGGCGGAUGUGGCACGUGACGUGGCGGAGGUGGCGCAGGAGGUGGCGGAGCUGGCCGCCAGCAACGCCAAGGCGGCCCAGGCGGCCAUGGAGUCUGUGGCGGAGGCGGUGGAGGAGGCCAAGCCGGCCAGGUUCGCUUCUUCCAGCGCUGCUGAGAAGGCGGCUUUGGAGGCGCUGAAGGCCGAGAUGGAGGAGACCGCCGCCGCCGCCAACGCGGCCACAAUGGUGGCGGUGAACGCCCAGGCGAUCGCGGAUGCUGCCAAGGUGGCGGCUGAGGUGGUUUCUGAGCUGGCGGGCGAGGACCAGGCCCUGGCUGCCAAGGCCGCCGCCAUCGCCGCCAUUGAGGCUGACGAUGAGCUGUCGCUGCCGCUGCCACCUGUCGCGGCGGCAAAGGUGGACAAGGUCGAGCCCGUGCCCGCACUGGCCGGCAGCAGCAGCAGCAGUGUCCCCAAGGCGGCCGCUGAGGCGGAGGCUAAGGCGGAGGCGGAGGCUAAGGCGGCGGAAGCAAAGGCGGCUGCUGAGGCCAAGGCGGCUGCUGAGGCCAAGGCUAAGGCGGAGGCAGAGGAGAAGGCCGCCGCUGAGGCAAAGGCGGCCGCUGAAGCUAAGGCGGCUGCCGAGGCUAAGGCUAAGGCGGCUGCUGAGGCGAAGGCUAAGGCGGAGGCAGAGGAGAAGGCGGCCGCUGAGGCCAAGGCGGCUGCUGAGGCUAAGGCGGCUGCUGAGGCCAAGGCUAAGGCAGAAGCCGAGGAGAAGGCGGCUGCCGAGGCUAAGGCUAAGGCGGCUGCUGAGGCGGAGGCAAAGGCGGCCGCUGAAGCUAAGGCGGCUGCCGAGGCUAAGGCUAAGGCGGCUGCUGAGGCGAAGGCUAAGGCGGAGGCUGAGGAGAAGGCAGCGGCUGAGGCCAAGGCGGCUGCUGAGGCCAAGGCGGCUGCUGAGGUGAAGGCUAGGGCAGAGGCGGAGGCGAAGGCGGCUGCCGAGGCCAAGGCGGCCGCGGAGGCGAAGGCAAAGGCAGAGGCAGAGGAGAAGGCGGCUGCCGAGGCGAAGGCAGCCGCGGAGGCGAAAGCAAAGGCAGAAGCGGAGGCGCAGGAGAAGGCGGUUGCUGAGGCGAAGGCGAAGGCAGAGGCGGAGGAGAAGGCGGCCGCCGAGGCAAAGGCGAAGGCAGAGGCCGAGGAGAAGGCGGCUGCUGAGGCAAAGGCGGCCGCGGCAGCGAAAGCCAAGGCGGAGGCGGAAGCAGAGGCGAAGGCUAAGGCGGAGGCGGAGAAGGCGGCUGCUGAAGCCAAGGCUAAGGCGGCCGCGGAGGCAAAGGCUAAGGCGGAGGCAGAGGAGAAGGCAGCGGCUGAGGCGGAGGCAAAGGCGAAGGCGUCCGCCGCCGCUGCAGAGAAGGAGAAGGCAGAGAAGGAGAAGGAGAAGCAGCCAGUCCUGGCCGCCUCCACCUCCGCCUCCGCCUCCACGCCGGCGGCCUCGUCAUCCAAGGCGCCCUUCAGUGACCCCGAGGCUCAAGCCGCGCUGGCCAAGUUGCAGGCGAUCGCUCCGGAGCUGGGGCUGGGCGCGGCGGCGCUGCUGUUCUUCGUGCUGGGGCCCAAGCUCUACAACGACCUGGUAGUGCCGGAGAUUGAGGCGGACAAGGCACGCAAGCGCGUGCAGGAGCAGCGUGAGGCGGAGAUCCGUCGUGCUCAGCGGGAGGCGCUGCUUCAGCGUGCCCGCGCCAACGGCCAGCGGCGCCGGUAAUAAGGCGUAAGAAUGCGUUGGGCAUGCUCGAAUGUGUGAGUUGUGAGAGAAACAAAUAAUGCAUUGCAGUAUGAUCAGAUGCGGCCCCGGCCAAGACCGGUAGUAGGCUAAUAGCAUGUGCGUCGCGGAGUUGGUGUUGUCGACUUACUGAAGAGAAGUGUGCGGGCUGGUCCUGAUGCGGAAUCUGUGAUGGGUAUGUGAUGAGGUAGAUGUGUACGUGUGCAUUCGUGGUGCAGGAAGUGGUACUGGUUGUGUGGACAUAGUUAGCGCGUAUGAGAGACCGCGUUGGCAUUGAGUCGGCCCUCGCGUGUUUGUGCCUGCGGAGCCUGCCAGUUUUGAGUAGUGAGUGGAUGAGUGCAGCUGUAGGAGAGAAACAUCGAGAAGACAACAUAACAGGCAGGUGUUCCAAACAAAGUACGGUAGGCAACCCUUGAUGCUUUUGAGGACUCAGAGAGAACAAAUAUCAGUGUGCUGGAGUGCGGUGGGAUCAGUUGGAAUGGCUGGCUUGUUGUCGGUUCGCACUGAAGGGUUGAGUGUCCGCAGCGACAGCCUUGAAGGACUGCCACAUGGCCCUAUAAAAUCUCGUGUGGGCUGUGUUGGCGGGAAGCGUUUGUGGGCAUGUAAGUGAAUGACCAU